AGACUGAAAGUGUGUGUGUGAUGCUGAUAAUGAGGAUUAAACAGGUCGUGAUGCAGUAACUCCAGCGCUUCAUCAUUAUAUCAGCUCUGGGAGAAACAGGAGGAUGAGGAGAGGCCGCAGAAAACCCGGAGGACGGGACAAAGUGUUCGGAUGUGACCUGCUGGAUCAUCUGUCCUCCAGCGCACAGGACGUUCCUCAGGUUCUGCGCAGCUGCAGUGAAUUCAUCGAGAAACACGGCAUCGUGGACGGCAUUUACAGACUGUCUGGAGUCUCAUCCAACACACAGAAGCUCAGGAGUGAGUUUGACAGCGAAGGCUCUCCGGAUCUCUAUAAGGAGGUGUAUCUGCAGGACAUUCACUGUGUCAGCUCUCUCUGCAAAGCGUAUUUCAGAGAAUUACCAAACCCUCUGCUCACAUAUGAGCUGUACGACCGCUUCGCCGAUGCAGUGGCGGUUCAGCUGGAGGACGAGAGGUUGGUGAAGAUUCGAGAAGUUCUGAAGGAUUUACCAGCUCCUCAUUACAGGACUCUGGAGUUUUUGAUGCGUCAUCUGGUCAAAAUGUCCACUUUUGCAUCUGAGACCAACAUGCAUUCCAGAAACCUGGCCAUUGUUUGGGCCCCGAACUUACUCAGAUCAAAGGACAUCGAGUCGACGGGCUUUAACGGCACCGCUGCGUUCAUGGAGGUUCGGGUUCAGUCUAUCGUGGUGGAGUUUGUUCUCACUCAUGUGCCUGAACUCUUCCCUGAAACAGGUGUAAGCACGGAGCGCCGCAAGUCUCUGCCGUCUCCUUCAAUUCUGUCCAGUCAAGACGAUCACUUCUUCAAGUCUUUACCCUUAAUUAGUUCUGGAAACCUCAGUCCUGGAGAUGGACCUAUACCCAUGAGACCCUACCACGCCAUUAUCGACGGCACUGACAAGAGAAAAGGCUCCCUCAAAGGAAGAAAAUGGAAAUCCAUCUUUAAUUUGGGCGCGAGACUCCAUGACCCACGCAAAAAGAACAAAUACUGCCCUAAAGAUAAAGAGAAGACGAGCCUCAGGCCUGCUAAGAGCAUGGAUUCGCUGAGCACAGGUACCACUGCACUCGAAGACUCGAAGCAUCCUCAAGCCGCUCUUCCUCCUCUAGUUCUGUCCUCAGCCUCUGGCAGUUCAGAGGGCGUGGCCUCAUCAGGAGGGGGCGUUGCUUCAGCAGGAGGGGGCGUGUCCAGUGGAUAUGCUGUGACGUACAGGCGAACGGGCGGAGCUCAGGUCAGUGUGGUCAAUGCAGGAAUUCCCGGCUCUUAUACUCGUCUGGACUCUAGCGGAGCCGAGGGGCCGGCGCAGGGCGUGGCCAAAUCUCCUGCCAUCAGCAGCAAAGCUGAACGGCGUGCUGGUAUGCACAUUACAGGACCGUUUUCGGUGACCGUCCCGCUUCACAUCACCUCCGGACUGGCUCUCGGGGUCCUGCACGGUGGAUGGAGCGAUAAAGAGCAAACGCAAGCUGAAGAUGAAGACGUAAAGAGCACAGACGGAGAUUCACAGAGCAAGAACUGCGAUCAAAAUGAGGUCAACAGUUCUGUGGAAACUCAGGUGGAUUCUGGGAAGGAUGUGACAGAAACUGAGGUAAAAUCAACAGAGGGCAAAGAAGCAGAGACAGAAGAUCUGAACUCAAAUCAAGAGUCUGUGAAGGAAAAUGUUGAAGAUGUAAAAGGCAAAGAGACUACAGAGGAGGAGUACAUGGACAUGAGAGGACACGUCCAGCAGACGCCGGUCAGUCCGAUUUAUUGUGAGUUUCAAGAUCAGGAGCUGGAUUUACAGGAGGCUUUCGGGUUUCUGGACUCGAUGGACAACUCUGUUUCAAACCAGCCUGAGUUCUCCGUGGAGGCUCCGUGUUUUGAAGGAGAAUAUGAGGAGGAUGAAGAUGAAGAUCAGACUGUUUUAUCUUCAGCACAGAACUGCACCGAAAACUGUGAAAAACCCAAAUCCAGCAGUCCUUCGUUCACACACAGACCACUUCCUGGAAAAUCACACAGCCUGCCUUAUAAGUCCCGCCCCUUCCUUCCGGCGCUGUCAUUAUCUUCAGAUGACGAGUAUAGUCCUGCUGAUGAUGAUGAUGAUGAUGAUGACGAAGAUGAGUCUGAUAAAGGAUCAGAAUAUGAGGACAUGUUUUGUCAGAGUCUGCCAUCCAGUCGGGAGUUUCAGAGCCUCUCGUGGGCGGGGCCUCAGACACCAUGUAGCAAACCAGAACACUUGGAUGAGAUCGCACAAUCAGUGGGCCAAUCAGAAGACAGGAUUCCGAUGGCUUUAUCAUUAACAGAUGACAGUAAAAUUGAUUCAAUAAUGACGAAUAAAGAGAGAAAUUCAGUAGAUGUGGAGAAUAAUAAACACAUGCUGAGAAGAGAAGAAUCUGCAGAAAGUGAAGAGGACACGUAUUUCGGACCAGAUUCGAUCCCAUCAUCACCAGAGCCCGAGACAAACCACAUGAGUGUUCAUGAAGAAAUCAACAGAAACUCACCGUCAGAGGAACAAACACAGAUCAAGAUCCAAAGAGAGACUGAAGAGCCAGAAUCCAGCAUGAAAACAACACUUCAAGAUGAAGAUGAAGAAGAGAGCAAGACUGAAACCAAUGAAGAUUUAGAGAGUGCACACAAUCAAAACAACACUGAGAGAAAAGAAGAUUUGGAGGAAGAUGCAAAAGAUGAAUUUAUUGAUGAUAAAGACGAACAAAAACAAGAGAAAAGCAGUCACAGUGAAGAUUUACAGCAAAAUAAUGAGGAAAAUGCAGAAGAUGAGAAUAUAGAAGAAAAACAAGAGGCUGAAAUUAACGAUGUAGAGCAGAAUAAUGAGGAAAAUGCAAAUGAUAAGGAGGAAAAACUAAAAGAAAUGAGUGAAAUGAACAAUAUAGAGCAAAAUAAUGAAGAAAACGCAGGAGAAAUACAAAAACAAAUGACUGAAAUGGACAAUUUAGGACAAAAUAAAGACGAAAAUCAAGAAAAUGCGAUGGAAAUUAAUGAUAUAGAGCAAAAUAAUGAACUUGAAAUGCAAAAUCUAAAGCUAAAUGUUGAAGAAAACACCAAAUGUGAGAAAGACGAAAAUCAAGUCACUCAAAUGAAUGAUAUAGAGCAAAAUAAUGAAGAAAAUGCAGGAGAAAAGCAAAGUCAAAUGAGUGAAAUGGACAAUUUAGGACAAAAUAAAGACGAAAAUCAAGAAAAUGUGAUGGAAAUGAAUGAUAUAGAGCAAAACAAUGAAGAAAAUGCAGAAGAAAAGCAAAGUCAAAUGAGUGAAAUGCAGGAUUUAGGGCAAAAUAAUCAACAAAACCAGGAGAACGUGACAGAAUCAGAGCAAAACGAUGAAGAAAUCGAGAAAGAAGAACAAAAACAAGAGACCGAAAUGCAAGAUAAUUAUGAAGAAAAUACAGAAGAUGAGAUAAAAGAGACUGAAUUGCAAGAUCAAGAGACCGAAAGGCAAGACGUCGAGCAAAAUAAUGAAGAAAAUGCUGAAAAUGAGAAAAAGGAGCAAAAACAAGAGACUAAAAUGCAAGAUUUAGAGCAAAGCAAUGCUGAAAAUGCAAGAGAUGAGAAAGAAAAACAAAAACAAGAGACCAAAAUGCAAGAUAGCAAUGCAGAAAAUACUGAAAAUGAAGGAAAUCAAGAGAAUGUGACAGGAACUAAUGAUAUAGUGCAAAAUAAUGAAGAAAACGAACUAAAACAAGAGAAUGAACUGCAAAACAAUGAAGAAAACACCAAAUGUGAGAAAGAAGAAAAACAAGCCACUGAAAUGAAUGAUAUAGAGCAUAAUAAUGAAGAAAAUGCAGGAGAAAAGCAAAAACAAGAGACCAAAAUGCAAGACAACAAUGCAGAAAAUGCUGAAAGACACGCCUCGAGUUCUGCUGAUGUAAAUAACCUUACGAUCUCUGAAGAAACAGAAGGAAGAAUAAUCCAGCAGACUCAUUCUGAAGAAGAUAUCACAAUCCAGCGCACAGAUUCUCCGCGGAAAACAGCAGCAGGAGGUCAUCAAACCAGAGCGGUUCCUGCUGUUCCUCCCAAACCACAAAACUCCAAACUCACCGCAUUAAAUCUGAGGAAACGCUUCGAGAACAGACUCUCGCAGGAGCUUCUUCAUCAUCAUCAUCAUCAUCACGAAGAGGAGGAUGAAGAAGAGGAGGAGGAGGAGGAGAGGAAGCUGGAGAAAGAGGAGAAACGCUGCGUUAGUUUGUGUUUCGAUGAGGCCGUCGCUCGAGCCACUGUUAAGAGGAGCAGAGAAAACACCGACAGACUCUCGGCAAGCAGGAGAGACGCAAAAACUGACUGAAAUCAGACAAUGAUAAUAUAAUCAAAUGAUCAUAUCGGAUCAAACGUGUAAAAUAUUGAUACGUGUAUACAGAAUGGCAGGCUAUGUGCGCUACUUUCUCAUUUAUAGAUAUAUAAUUUCAUAUAUAGUGACCUAGUGAUGUUUAAUAGAGCAAGAAAGGUUUUUUUAAAUAGUAUUUGCAAUUUUUCUUCGGGAGGGAGGAAAAAAAUCAUCGUUUUUUUUUUACAAAGUCACUAAAAGACACAAGCCAAAAGAAACUAGUUAUUAAAGAUUAUAAUAAUAAUUUAAACAGAGUUUCUGCAGGUUUAAAUGUAAGUUUAAGACUUUAAGACCAUUAUGAAUGAAACUAUUAUCAACACAAUCUCACGGCAAUUCGUAUCUUUUUGAUUUAGUGGCUAUUUCGUAUGAAAUCGUACGAUUUAAUUCGUACAAUUUAGCACGAUUUGCUCAACCCCUAAUGACGGUUGGGUUUAGGGGUGGGGUUAGGUGCCACGCCUCCUUUUUAAAAUCGUACAAUUUCGUACGACUGAACUCCUACGAAUUAGCCACUAAACUGACAAAACGUAAAAUACUUACGUUUUCUCGUGAGAUCAGGCUGGUAUUAUGCAGCAGGGGUUUUCAAACUUUUAGGACACACGCCACAUUAAGUUUGGCCAAUUUACUCGAGUGCACGCCUCAAUGUCUCGUGCCCCCCCAAUAGGUGCUGGCCCAACAGUUUGAAAACCCCUGUUAUACAGGACUAAAGGCUACACUGUAAAACCCAAAAAGUUAAGGUAACUGAAACCAUUUGAGAAAACCGAUUGCAACAAACCAUUUAAGUUCAAAAACUAAUCCUAGUACUGUGAACUUAAUCCAUUUGAGUAAACGAAACAAUUUGAGUAGAGUAAAACCCAAUAAAUGAAGAGAACUCAAACCGUUUGAGGAAACCGACUGCUACAAACCAUUUGAGUUACGAAACUAAUCUAAGUACUUAUUCCAUUUAAGUUGAAGUAAUGAGGUGUUUAAUUAACUCAUUACCUUCAACACUGAGUUCAAAACUCAUUUCAUAUGAGUAGAAUUAACUUUCAGUCAACUUUGAGUGAACGACACUCAUUUCAUUUGAUUAAGUUGACUGCUGGGUUUUACAGUGUAAGGUUUGUUUUUGAAUAUCCCAGUUGGAAAAGAUUUUUAUUUGCCCUAUUAAAUUUGAUACAUUUAAUAAUACAAUAGCAAUCAUUUAGUUUGAAUAUUUGUUAUUAAUCUUCAUAUUUAUUCAUUCACAAACCCUAUAACCCUUAGCAAGAGUAGGACAAAACAUAGCUGUCAAUUGCUUCAUUCAUUCAUUUUCUUUCGACUUAGUCCCUUUAUUUAUCAGGGGUCGCCACAGCGGAAUUAACCGCCAACUAUUCCAGCAUGUUUUAUGCAGCGGAUGCCCUUCCAGCUGCAACAUAGUACUGGGAAACACCCAUACACACUCAUUCACACACACACACACACACACACACACUCAUAUGUUCAUCAAUUCCCCUAUUGCGCAUGUGUUUGGACUGUGGGGGAAACCGGAGCACCCAGAGGAAACCCACGGCAACACGGGGAGAACAUGCAAACUCCACACAGAAACGCCAACUGACCCAGCUGGGGCUUGAACCAGCGACCUUCUUGCUGUGAGGCCACAGUGCUAACCACUGAGCCACCGUGUCACCCUCAAUUACUUCAGUCUACAAUAAUAAUAAUUUAAUAAUAAAAAUAUAGGUAAGAUCAGUAUCCUUAGCAGUAAAUAAAGGCAGAACUCAAGCUAAUGUUACUUUAAGGAAAGUAAUUAAAUGCUAUUUUUAAAUAAAAAGUUAAAAGUUUUAUUAAGUUUGGGGUUGUUGGUGAUUGUAUGGGUGUUAAUGGCCAGAUUGGGAAAAUCGAGUUAAAUUAAACAACAAAAAAAAAACAAGAUUUAAGACCUACAACGCAACAUUUGAGUAGAUUUAAGACUUUUGAGGCCUAAAAAUAAGCUUUUGAGAUUUCAGACAUUUUGAGACUUAAGACACCACAGAUACCCUGUUAAAAUAUGUUAAAAGGCUGGGAAAAUAAACCAACCUUAAACCAACCACUGGUUGUUAGAACAAUAUUUUAAAAUUUGCAGAAAAAAAAAAAACCCAGCUUAAAAUCAUCAAAUAAAAUAACUCGGAUGAUUCUCAAAUGUGUUUUGUGUAUAAUAUAUACACAAUAAGAUGCUGAGCUAUAACCCAACCAUAACCCAGCAGCUGGUUAGCUAUGGGACAGAGCACAAGCUGGAGAAAUAUAUACAUACAUAACUGCAAAUAUUUCGCUAAGCAAAGCAAGGUUUUUUUACAGUAUUUCCUAUUACAUUUUAUGGUCUGGAGAAAUUAAGACAAAGAUGUGAAUGAUUUUUUCACAAUGUCAAUAUUAUUAAACCCACUUAUGUCUUUUUUGGCUAUAGAACAAACCAAUGACUUGCCCAGUUAAUCGUCACUUUAAGCUGAAUACUAGUAUCUUGAAAAUAACUAGUAAAGUAUAUCAUGACAAAGGUAAAAGAGAUGGAUUAAAAAUAUUGUUUAAAAAUGUUUAAACAGUUUUUAUCAAAAACAAAAAUUCUCUGUCAAACAUUAUUUUGCCAAAUAUUUGAAGAAGAAUUACAAUUUCACAGGAGGGUGAAUAAUAUAUUUUUUGAAAAUAGAGACCACUUGAAAAUUCUCAGUUUCUUUUGAUUUAUGAUUUGCGGUUGUGUGUUUGCAUAAAAUAUUGUUUGUUUUUUUACUAUAAUCUACUAGAGGCAUUUCUUCCAAAUUGAAAAUGUAAUUCAGAGCUUUUUAAAAUGCAUUAAUAAUGGAUGAAGUGACUUUUCAGACAGGUUUAUAUACAAUUUUAGGCAACAAAAUGCAAAUAAUUUAACUUCAGAAGAGAUAAGAAAUUAAUACUUGAUAGAAUAACCCAGAUAUUUGAAAGUAUUUAUAAUGAAAAUACUUAUAAAUCUUUCUGGCUGUAAUUUUAUGGGAAAAAAACGUUUUUUUUUUUUCAUGCUCAGAAUAUUGAGCAUGGAAAAAGACCUUAUCAGCCCUUUAUAGAAUAUUUUCCCCCCUGGACCCACACCCAAUAACCUAAAUACAGUAAAUUCAGAGAAGCGGACAAUUUUCAGGUGCUCUCAUUAUUUUCCCUUAUAGCUGUGUAUGAGACGAUAACCGUUUUCAAGGUAUACUGCGGUAUGGAAAAGUCAAGGUUUUAAAACCGACAAAAUUUUCUGCUAUACCAUUCUUACAGUAUAGGGCUGGACUGAUAAACGAUAUUAAAUCGAGUCACGAUAAAAUUUAUGUCAAUAACAAUGAUAAGCAAUGCAGUUUUUACUCUAUAAUAAUCUUUAUAAGAGCCAAUCACACAGCAGAAAUGUGCAACAAUGGGAUUUAAAAAGCGUGUCGAUAUUAGAGAUGUACCGAAUUUUCAGCCCCUGAAAAUUUAUUGGCUGAAAGUAUAUUAUGCAAUUUAAUGGACCCUCUAAUUUAUGUGGCUUCAGUCAUUGUUGGGGUACUCUUUUAAAUCUGGAAGCAUUAACAACUCAUAUCAAAAAAUAUAUCGUAUAUCGUUCAAUAUGGAAAAUUUUUGUCAUAUCGCCUACGAUAUACGUACGAUUUAUUUAUUUACUUUUUUUUUAGGACAACAGUAUCUCCAGCAGAAAAAAUAUCCAAAGAUGUCGUUUUAAAUUGUAAAGAAAUCUGUGUUUUUGAAUUUAAUGAAGACAGCAGAAGUCAAUGAUUUAUUUUCAUUAUUUUAGCCUGACAUGUUUACUGCUCCAAAAUAUCUUAAUUACUUCUCAAAAUAAAAUAUAUUGUGUUCAGAUGGGGAAAGAGUUGUUUUUUUACCCAAAUAUUUAAAAAUAAUUACAUAUUUUAGAGCUGUAAUCACAAUACCACGAAAUCGUGAAACCGUGAUAUAUUUUAUCCAAGGUUAUCAUACCGCCAGAAUCUUAAACCGGCCCAUGCCUAGCUGUGUAUCUUCUUAAAUAUUUUUACUUUGUAGCCCACAACAAAACUCUUACAUUAAAUUGUUGGUUUACAAAUCAGCAAUCACAUAAAUAUUACUUUACAUUUUUAACCAUUUCAUCAUUAUGGGACUGUUCUGAUCAUUAUAUGCUUCAUUAUAUAUGGCAAUUCAAAGAAAUGUAAAAAGCACAACUCAGGAAACAGCAGAUGUACGUAUAAGACAAAUCUGUAUAGACAAAUGUAUUUUAAUCACUGUAUACUUCCAAGACACAUUAUGCAUU